UCACUCGUCAUUCAUUCAGAGGUUGAAGUUCUGCAUGCAUGAGAUUUCAAAAUGAUUUAUCAAAAAGUUAGUAAAUUCCACUUGUGUUUUUAUGAACUGUACAUAUUUUCAAACUCAAAACAAGUGAAAUGAGUUAUUUCACAGCAUUACAUCCUGAUAAUCGAGGAGUAGCUUCAAAGUGGAAAGGAGAAACAUUUCAGCCUAAUCUGAGACUCAUGAUUUAAGAUGUUAUGCUUAGUAUGUGUUCGCCGAGGGUCUCCGGGAAACAGCCUCUCUACCUCCCAAGGUAGGGAUAAGGUCUGCAUACGCUCUACCCUCCCCAGACCCUACUUUGUGGAAUUUCACUGGGACUAUAGUGAAAUGUCCCUUGCUUAUAGGCCAUCUCAUGCUGAUGCAACUUAUGACUUCAAGUAUGGAGUUAGAUCAGUACAGGGGGGUGGUAGAUCUUCAGCAAGAGUAACCAUUGGGAGAGUUGCUGCUGGAGCUAUUGCUAAGAAAAUUCUCAAACUUUAUUCAGGAACUGAGAUCCUUGCUUAUGUUUCGCAAGUUAACAAAGUUGUACUUCCAGAGGGUUUGAUUGAUAACCAGACAGUGACACUAGAGCAGAUUGAAAGCAAUAUCAUUCGAUGCCCAAACCCUGAAUACGCAGAGGAGAUGGUUGCUUCCAUUGAUGCUGUACGAACAAGGGGGGAUUCUGUUAGUGGUGUCAUUGCUUGCAUUGAUAUUGGUACACCAGUCUUUGAUAAACUUGAAGCUGAGCUGGCUAAAGCUUGCAUGUCAUUACCGGCAACUAAGGGAUUUGAGAUUGGAAGUGGCUUUGCAGGUACAUUCAUGACUGGCAGUGAGCAUAAUGAUGAGUUCUUUAUGGAUCAACAUGACCAAAUCAGGACAAAAACCAACAGAUCUGGUGGUGUCCAGGGAGGCAUAUCAAAUGGAGAAAUUAUUAAUAUGAGCAUAGCUUUCAAGCCAACUUCUACAAUUUCAAAACUGGAACUGGAAGGGUCAAAGGACUAUGCAGGCAUAUUUCUAUAUGUAUACUUCAGAAUGAUCAGUGAAUUAGGCGUGGGAUUCGAAUCUGUCAUUCUUGGGAUUACAUGUAUCAUUUGAGAUAAAAUGGUGAUGAAGAACAUUAGUUAUAUUGUCAAAACAUUUGACAUCACCUGCAAUCCAAUCUAAGCAAAAGAGGAAGCAACAUACGGUUAGUAGGGAGAAACAUGAGACUGAACUCGUUGCUCGUGGUCGCCAUGAUCCUUGUGUGGUUCUACGAGAAAUACUUCGGCUUACUAUGAUAAAAUAACUGAGAGGAAAUCUGCUAGCCGUUUGCUUUUCCAUAAAAAUUUCUGGUCACCAUUUGAAAAGUUACGGACAUUUGAUGUCUUGGCGCCACAGCUGUUCCGAUGGUGGAAGCAAUGGUUGCCCUGGUGCUCGUGGAUCAGUUGGCUCAAUAUGCACAAUGUAUGCUGUUCCCAGUCAAUCCUGUGUUACAGGAACCUUUGCAGUCAUAAAAAACCGGGUCAGCUUAGAUUCCCCUUUAAAAGGAGCGGAGCAGCCCAUAACAACUUCUCCCUACAUGACUUCUCACAUUUCUGGCAUAUUUCUUCGUUUGAAGAAUGCAUAUAUGUAAAAAGAAGUUUCCAACGAUGCCUUAAGAGUUAUAUAGUUUUACAGAGAUAGGUAUAUAUAGCUUUUGUUGCCAGAGCUCUCACCAGUGUGUGGAGAACAAAGUGCAUCUACAAAAAUAGGAAAUUGUGUCGUUUUCAUUAUUUUGUAGACUUUUCUAGUGUUUAUAAACUCAUGUCAUUUUCAAUAUUUUAUAGGCUUGGUUGGUCAGUAUAACGAUGAAUGUACAAAAAACAUCAUUGCUAUUUGCUAUUCUAGCAAGGCCUCA